AUGACUGAAAGCGAAAACCCAGCACACGAGUGCUCAUCCUCAUUGGCAGCUGAGGCUGAAGAUGUGUACCGCCAACGGCAGCAGCUGGAGCAAAGGAUGGAGGCGCUUGCUAGCUUCCUAACGUCCGAAGGUAUGCCUGGCCUACAUGGCCCACUCGUAGACGAAGAAGGUUUCCCUCGAGCUGACAUUGACGUGCAUUCAGUGAGGGAAGCACGCCACAAGCUUGCCUGCCUCAAGACGGACUACCGCGAGCUCCAGCGGCGGCUUGAAGAUAUUCUCCUCCGACUCCAUGCGGAUCGUGUCAGGACAAAUGCUGAUGAAUUGCAAGGCGUCGUCCCUGGCGACCAAAGCCCAACAGGGCCAGUACCCCCAAAGAAGAAGGAGCAGCCUCCCCGAUUACUUGAAGGCAAGAUAAUUACCUUUACCCAAAAUUGGGCUUCAUUUACUUUUGAACUUCACUGCGUUCAUUAUGGGAGUUUAUCCAGCAGCACUAGGCUUGUGAUGAACAGCGUACAACUUUGUUGGUACCCGUUGAAAGAGGCUACCCAUACUACUUGUCUGGUGUGGUCGUGCGUUGCAGAUGAGGGGCCCGCAUUCGCUGUGGUAGACGUGGUUCACCCAGGGAGCCCCAGCAGCACUGCAGGAAUUGUUGCUGGAGACAGACUGCUACGGCUGGGUUCGCUGCGUUUGGUGCCGAGCCAUAGUCGCCUAGACGAGCGGGUGGGGGGCGCUUUUAAGGGCGUCGCUGCGAAUACGAACGCACAAACGCGACCUGUAACUGUAACUGAAAUAUUUCAGCUGCUUCCGGAAGAGGUAGCGAGUCACGAGAACGAGCGAAUAGCCGUUGUGUUGCAACGAGGGGGUCGUAUCCUCCCGCUGUGGCUUAUUCCGAGGCGCUGGCAAGGCAAGGGCCUUCUUGGAUGCCAUUUGAAGCCUCUUCAACUAAGCUGA